GCUAUGUUUACAGAUUCGCACAUGUUAAACCCAGCAACGGCCUGAUUUGAUGUGUCCUACCCAGCCCUAAAAGGUCAACAUAUACAAACGUUUAGCAUACACACGGUUAGCUGCCUCUUCCUCUAAAUCAAUAUGCAUAUCCUAUAAUAGUUAUCGGAAGAGCAUUGCUUCAGCGAGACGUGCAGUACUUUCGUGAAGACUGCGACCUUGUAAGCCGUUCUGCCCAUAUGCCUCGACGACGCUUGUGGAAGCUGUUAGCUGAGCAUAAUGCUUAAACACCGCAUCCGGCUUCAAACAGUUCUCAUUUCUGACGCGUUAACAAGUUGGAAGGUCCUAUGUAUGCACCUCAACACUACGUGCGUGUCCUCAUGUUGUCAAACUAGUCCAUUAUAUACUGGUAGAGUCAAGCCCAGCUCGGAGCGCUCAGUGCUAUGACGCUUAUGCGCGCGGAGUCCUUUACUAGCAGUGCUGGCCACGAGCUAGUAGACCUUCACCUCAAAGGUGGAGUUCUCAACUCAGAAUCGGAGCAGGAUGACUUGUUGCAGACACCUUCACUUGAAGCUGGUAUCUUUGGCGUGCUCUUCACGCUUAGCCAAGAGAAAAAUCAGCAGCAUAUUCGGUACCACUGGAUAUUUCUGAAGAUCCUUUUGGAUGCAUGGCAGAUCUUUACACAAGUCCUUUCCCCUGAAAUGGGGUGGGACAUUAACGAGAACGGCACACUCUGGAAAUGCGUGUCUGUGCUCAAUUUCGGGUGGAUGAAAGACCUGGGCUACAAGUGGUACGUGGCAUUGCUGUACAGCAUGGCUGGCGUGCUGGCCUUCAACAUCGUGCUGUGCGUGUGGGUGGCCUGGAGCUUCAAGGAGCAGAAGUUUGACUAUGUGUGGCCCAUCAAGGUCGUACGAGGGUUCUCGUACGUCUUCCUACAGGUCUUCGACGUGACAAGUCUGAACUUUCUGCAGCUCGGCAUCUCGUGCAACUAUAUGGGCCCGGCGGGGCCGCACCUGCAUAUGGCUCUCUUCCCGAAAUACAGUUGCUCUCGCACGCCUCACAUAUUCAACGCGCUGGUUUCGGGGCUCCUCUUGUUGAUGUUCGUGGCCGUAGCCAUGCUCGUAAACAUGUCAGAGGUGGAAGUAAGUCCAACGAGUAAGUCGCCACAGGCGCUGGGCCACAGCGGUGCGGAGGUCACGGCGUUUGGAAUCAAGGCUCUGAUGACCCUGGUCGGUGUGUUCUUCGGUCAGCCCAAGGUUGCUGCCGCCAUGUACCUUGUCCUUACGCUGUGGCUGGCGUGGGAGUACCUGAGAUGGGUGCCUCACCUCCUGGCUUGGGUGAACUGUUUGAAGAGUGGAGUGGCCGUGAUGAUGGUGGGGGUUGCGGGUCUGCAGCUGGCGGUGGUGCUGCUGCCGCAAUCCGCCUCCCACGCGCUGACGCUGGUGAUGGCCUUCAGCAUGGGGCCGCUGUUUGUGGGGGGCUUCUUCAUGGCAUGGGCGCGCACGAAGAUGUUUACGAACGCCGUACUCAAGGCUUUCAGGAACACGGACCCCGAGGCCAUCAAGCCCAAGGACAUCUACCACUUUUCGCACCCACGGGAUGUGGAGGUGGCGGCUCGCAGCGCCCGCGUGUGGACCGACCUGUACACACUGGAGAAGUCCGCCGUACAUCGGGCGGAGGAAGUGAUUAAGGCCGGAGUUGCGCUUUUCCCAGAAAACGCCUUUGUGUCGCUUGUGUACGCCAACUUCAUGUUGGACAUGCUGGGCUUCAGCCAAACUGGCGCUCGUCAGUUGGAGAGCGCUCGCAAGCUGAAUCCAAGCCUGAUGUGUCGCUUCAUGCUGUUUGUGAGGCAGCAGCAAGCCACGCAAAAGGCGGCAAGCAGCAACGUCGGCAAGGGCGGCAACAUGGACCUCCUGGGCUACGUGGAGUACCAGCGCAAGCAGCGCAUGGUGCUGCGACACCACAAGGACGCGCUGCAGGCCAUGGCGAACUUCUGGCGCAUCCUGGGUUCGAGCUCCGUGUCUUUCACCUCGUUGAGCAAGUCCCUGGAGGAGAUCGACACCUCCGUGUCGCAGGCUGAGACGGCGUACCGGGUGGUGUUGGAGCUGUACAACAACUCCCCUCGCCUGGUUCGCCUGUACGCCAAGUUCCUGGAGACCAUCAAACAGGACCCCUGGGGAGCUGCCGAGUACAACGCAGCUGCUGAGAGGCUCGAGCAGAGCAAGGACGAGAACGGCCAGGGACCCGCCCUGCCUGAUGGCACCCCCAUCAGUCGCAUGGACGAUGUGGAGAAGGGUGUGGUGGUGGUGAACGCCUUUGGCGACAUCCAAGUCGCAAACAAAAAGCUGCACGCUAUGUUUGGCUACAAAAAAGGCGAGCUGGACGGCAAGAACGUGACAGUGCUCAUGCCGCCACACGAGGCCAAACGCCACCCGGCACGGCUCAGACGCUACAUCGAUUCUGGCGACGAGGCAGCACCGUAUUUCCGGCAUCCCGUGUUGGGCAUCCACCGCGAGAGGGUGGCCUUCCCGGUUCGCAUCUCGGUCAGCCGCGCCUCAGGCCUCGGAGAGGACAGCGUCUUCAUUGGAAUCCUGGAGGCAUUGCCGGCGGUUCCCGGGAUGGGCCGGGUGUGGGUGACGAAGGACGGCAUCGUCGUGUGCUGCGACCCGGGCUUUGUCACGUGCUUCGGGUACCAUCCCGAAGACGUAAUCGGCACUCAGCUGGACAAGCUCUUGAGGUCGGGUAGCAGCCAGGACGACCGCAUUGCCAACCAAGACGUGUGGGCAGCCAGCAAGGCCAACCACGACAACCACGAGCUGGUGCAGAGGCUCCUUGAGAAAGCCAUGCAGCAGACGGGCAGUCGGGGCUCGCUGGAGGAAUUGGACGAGUCGCAGCUGCCAACCGUCAACUGUCGCGUACUACACAAGUAUGACUUUGCGAAGGAGUGCCAGCUGAGCGUCCGGACAGAUCUAACCGAGUCGUCAAUCUUCGAGUUCCAAGUCAAGCUGCUCUCCGACGAGCCUCAGCUGCUGAUGGUGGUUGAGCGCAAGGGCGCCAUCCGACACAUGAGCGGGGAUCUGGCCAAGGUGCUGGGUGCCAGGUUGCUGGACACCGCUAACGGUAACCGGCCGUCUGGGCGCAACGGCGGGGGCAGCGGAGGCAAUGGUGGUGGAGGUGGAGGCGGCGGCAACGGCGGCGGCACGUUGCCUGAUCGUAUGAUGCAAGACGAGCAGCUCAUGCUGGAGCUAAUGGCGGACUCUCCACCCUGCGCGCUUGACGACUUCCUGCCCGCACCCUGGAAGCACAUGCACCACAAAUAUCGCAAGUACGUGACCGGUGGCUCACCCAACCUGUCGGGUGCGUGGGGCUGCCGUGCGGCGCUGGCGGACGGCAGCGGCAGCAUCGGCCCCACCAUGCGGCUGGUUGGGGUGCACGGCAAGCCCGUCUACGUGCACGUGGCUGUGGCUUCACGUGAGGAGUCGGGCGAUGUGUUGCAUGUGGUCCGUAUGGCGAGGUCCUCCCUGGAAACGGCUGUUGACGAGCGCCGGCUGCGCGUGCGGCUGUCAGAGAACGGCACGGUGCAGGCCGUCACGCAGGGCAGCGCUACGGCGGGCAAGGCUCUUGCUGGCGACACCCUCUUCGGCUUCCCAUCCGAGCAGUUGGUCGGCUGCCGCAUCUGGGAUUUCAUGGCUGUGGCGCUGAACCAGCCGGCCAACAAGCGCACGGCGCAGCAGGCUCAAGAUGUGUUGGCCGAGGCCGAGGCCAUGUUGGCUGGCGGCCGGCCGAGCGUGAACGGUGCUGCCGCUGCUUCCAGCAAGAAGCCGCCUGAGCCCAAGUGGGGGGAGUUCAGCAUGAGCAUGUUUGACGCCAUGGUUACAAGCACCAUGCAGAACCCCGGCAUCUCCUGGCGCGUCAACGUAGUCCCGCCCACGGCGGCUGCGGAGGCGGCUGCAAUUGGCAACCCUGCCAGGGUGGCGGCAAUGCUUUCCCGGCGUACUAGGCAGGCAGUCCUGAGGCUGGACGUGGCGUUGCCACCUGCGGGGACGGCGUCGAGCCCAGGACAGCUGACGAUCCACGCGGAGCUUUGGGCUACAGAGGCCGUGACGGGCGUUGUGGAAAUUGAUGGCACUGGCCGCGUGUCGGGUCUUGUGGAGGAGGAUCUUCGGCCGCCCAGUCUGCUGUUCGGUAUUCCCCAAGACGACCUGGUGGGGACGCCCUUUGCCGCGCUGAUCAAGCUGCUCCCCGGGCAAAGUCCAGUGGGCCUGCUGACGGAUAGCGGUAUCGCAAAGAAGAGCAACCUCAAGACCAAGGAUCGCAAAGGGAAGAGCUCAACAGUCAAGGUGGGCCCUGUGCACUACCUGGACGGUUUCCAUCGGGACGGCCAACCCCUCAGCCUCGCCGUGCAAGUUGUCGGCAAGCCCGGGCCCGGCAACCCCGUCGUCGCCAUCGUUCGUGUCGCCACGAAGAACCCGAAGGCGUCGCAGCGCCCCAAGAUGAGUGCUUACGCGGCUGCUGUUGCAGCGCACAAGGCCCACGUGUCUCUGGACCUAGGAGCAAAGCACAAACAGGCCGCUGCAGCCGCGGCGGCGGCUGCAGCCACACCUGCCGGCAAGGCUGCACUACCAGCAUCGGGACCAUCGCCCUCGUUCAAGUUGCCCGCUGCCAGUUCGAAUCCCAGCAUGAACAUUCGUAACCUCAACCCCCAGCUUACCAGCUUCCAGUUGCGGCUGCCGCAGCCUUCAAUCCAGCCGCGCGAUCCCUCCGUGGCUGCAGCCGCGGCUGCAGCAGCAGCUGACGCGGCCGCGGCCCAGCUGACGCCGCAAGACUCCCUCGACUUGGACCUAAACAUCACAGGCAACAAGAAAGACGCCCCUGGUGAGGACGCUCGAGCGCCAGCGGAACUGCCGCAGGCAGCUGCAGACAGCACCAGCGCGAUGCCCGCUGCGCCAAACAUCUCGCUGGAGUCCAUGUCCGUUCCACGGAUCGCAGGUCCGCCUGGAAAGUCCUCCGUGGCUAUGUUGCCGGGUGCAAGUACAUUAGCCGCCGGAGUCGCAGGCCUCCUCAAGGCCAAAACGAUGUCCAGCAACCUAGAGCCGGUGGCUGACCCGGUGCCGGCAGAGGGACUGCCGCGGGAACAAAAGGGCUCCAGAACCUCCUCGCCUCUCAAGCCCGCAUCGCCACCCAUUGUAGGCCCAACCAAGCGCGCAUCAAGCCCCCAGGAGGGCUCGCCAUCGCCAGAGGAUGGGGAGAAGAGCAGCAGCCGUCCAGAAACCUCGGAUGAGAAGGGGCUGUCAACGCCGGAGAAGGCCGAAGGGCGCCUAGCGGAUGCGGACGGGGAUUACAUCACGCCCCGAGACCUGCGGUUGGAGACCGCAAGUACGGUGGCAGGAGACAACGAUGACCAGGACAUCGAGGCCAGCUUCACUGAGAUCGGCACGGUGGACAAGUGGGUCGCCACAGGCGGCAAGUUCUACCAGAAUCGCACCCAGAGCGUCGCCUCGGGCGCUGACCUGGACGACCCGGAUGACGACGACGAUGGCGACGGCGAUGGCGACGGUGACGGCGAGGGCUCUAUCGGUGCCACCAGCCGCGCCACCUCCUCCCGCUGGGCUUCUCCGCAUGCCUCGGAAUCGGGGGAGCAUCGAGACCACGCGCACACGCGGAAGGAGGAGCACCCUCGACCAGUGGAGUCGCCUCCUGCUGACGUGGCCAAGGUCACGGGUUUGGCCUCGGGCUGGGAUGUGAUGCGGCAGGGCAUGGACCCGCUGCACGCCGGGUUGCCAGGGGAUAAGUCGCCCGGGGCUGGGAUGGACCCGUUGGAGAUGUUGGACUUGGAGGCUGCGGCGAUGUUUGACCACGCGGACAGCGACGGCGGCGAGAGCGGCAUUACCGGGAUGUCUGGCGGCUCUGACAUUUCUGACACCAACACGCCGGCGGACUUCAAGCGCGGCAAGCGCUACCGGAAGCUGGUCAAGCUGAUGGACUCGCCGCAGGCGCAGAAGGCGCUUGUGCGGCUGAAGAUCAACACCACGCUGGGGGUGCUGGCUGCGAGUGCGGUGCACGUGUUGUGCUUCGUGCUCAUCAUCACAGCCAUGCAGAGGCAGUCAAAGGCUCUGGACCAGCUGGCAUCUGCAGGCGGGGCGCAGCGCUACUUGCAGAGGGCUCUCGUGUCCGUGCGGGCCUUGGACCAGGUCUACAAGGGCAAGGGCUCCAACACCACCUACUCGAUUGGUGAUGCCAAGGACCUCGCCGGCGACAUCCUGACGUACUCGGACCUUUACAAGGGUUUAAACAAUGGCUUGAUGGAGACGGCGGGAAACAAGAUUGAGGACAUGUACAACACGCACAUCGUGGAGGUGUGGGACUACGACAACUUUACAACCGGAACCACCUUUUACCGAAACGUCACCUUGUGGGAAUUGGUUGAGACGGUCUCAGUCGCAGCCAAGACGGUGUACCAAAAUUUCGAAACGUGGCAUAGCAAGGGCAUAAACAUUUCAACCCAGACAUCCGCGGCUUUCCUGCUGAAGAGCGGCCAGGCCUUAGUCCCAGGCAUGAAGGAGGUACUGGAUGGCCUUCUGAACGUUGCCGUUGACUUGACUAACACCGUCAACAGACUGCAGCUCACGUUCCUGCUGCUGGAGGGCUGCUUUGUCACAAGUUGCUGCGCCAUCGGCCUGGUGUAUAUGUUGAGGUCGGCGAGCGACCAGCGCUACCAGCUGUACGAGACCUUCCUGACCAUCCCUGUCGGGCUGACGCGCGCAUUGGCAUCUCAGACAACCCACCUUCUGGACGACGAUGAAUCGGAGGAUCAAGAUGACGACGAUGGGGCCAGUCAAAAGGAUCACGUGGAUGAUGGUGCGAGCAGCCACAUGCACGCACCCAUCAAACGCAAGGCCCUCUUUGACGAGUCGGCCAACACCGAAGACCAUGGCCGGCAGCAGCACGGCCAGACGCAACAGCAGCACGACAACAAUGGUAACAACCAUAACGGCCAGCACAUACACCACAAUGACCACCACAACGACCACCACAACGACCACCACAACAACCACAACGGAAACGCCAACCCCAACCCCAACGCCAACAACAACCAUAACAACAACCAUAAUCAUGUUGGAAACAACAGCCAGCAUCACCAACCGAAGCAGCGCAGGUCCUCUGUGGUGCUUUCCGAGUACUCCCCAAUGGGUCACCCGCGUGGCGGAAGGCGCCAAUCGAUGGACACGAUGAGCCUGGGUGGAUACCACGGAGUGGGCGACCGGAGCUAUCACAGCGCCGCAUACUCCAUGCGGUCGUACGCUGGCGGCGCAAGCCGCAUUAUGUUGCGUGCGCCCUCUGAGUAUCACCGGCAGGAGAGCAUGGGCUGCUUUGGCCGCCUGUGGGCUAAGCUCUGGCGCUCGAAUGCCGUGCGGCCGUACCCGGGCAAUUUGAACGGCUCUGCGUUGUUUGACAUCGGUGGUCCGCCCCGUCGUACUCUCGAGCGCAACAGCAAGGUCGCCAACGGGAUGCUGCUGAGCGUCGUCACAUAUUCGAUGCUGAUCAUCAUGUUCUACAGUAUCGACUACGCCAUACUGCUGAAGAUCAAGGACCAAGUCGCGCUGCAAGCGGUGGCAGACCACAACUCCGAGCGCACGUACCGUGCCGUCUUCUUUGCACAGGAGCUGGCAGCAGAGGAGGACGUUACCGCCAUUCCAUUCCGAGCUGAGCUCCUCUACAAUGCGUCCAUUGCUAUGCGUGAUGCUUACUACACACUGCGAAUGGGCUCCGGUGCAUGGACGGCUGUGGGGCGAGGCAUCGAGCAGUUUCCGUUGGUCAGCGGUCGCGGUCUGGUCAAGGAGUCCCACGACAUGUUCCAGCUGUUUUACAAUGACGGCGCCUGUCUGCGGCUCUCGGAGCACUUGCCCUGCCCGGAGGACAGCUACCGCUACUACCAGGUGACACACUCGGGCGCUGACGGCAUGAUGAUCCAGCUACUGUCAGAGAUGCAGAGCCUGGCGGAUGCGGCGAUGAUUGCCGCGUCCACUGGCGGACAUCAGCCCGGACUGGACAGUGAGCAGUGGGACUACAUCUACAACGUGGGCACCGUGGACCUGAACGAUGCCAAUCUGCGCAUCAGCGCCCAACACAUCAGCAACAUCAAGGGCGUGUUCAAAGUCGUUGUGACGAUGCACGGCGUCCUCUUCCUGUUGCUGAUGGGCGUCUUCCUCAGCUUCAUGCUGCUCGUCUACCUGCCGCUGCUGCGAAGAAUGAACAAGGAGAAACGGCGCAUUGCCGAGAUGAUGAGUCAGCUGCCGCCCGAGCUGGAUGUCAUGCGGCUCGUGAGUACGGCACUGAUGGGGCCCAAGGCGGGCGGCCAUCACCACCAUCACCACCCAACCGGCAUUACACGUGUGGAGACGAACGUGCUGAGCCCUGCACCGCACUUGUCAGCUGUCGGGGCCGCCGGAGCGGGCAUCUCGACGCCUGUGCAGCCGUACAACGCUUCACCUGGCAACGUGGGAGCACACGGCGGCGAGGACCAGGGCGGUGGCAAGGCCUACCAAGCGUGGAAGGACAUCCUAAACAGGGCAAGCAGCAUCAGCGGCGCAACGAAGGAUCCAAACUCAAGCAUUACCCAUGGAACCCAGCACGCCAGCCGCCGUAUGUCGGUUGAAAAAUGAAGCCGUGACGACGAAGCCCUCCCUGAUGACCCUGCUGAGGAUGACGAUGACAAAGAAGACGACGAUGACGAAAGAUAACGGCCGCUAGAUGAAGAGAGUUCAUCACGUCUAUAGUUGUAGUUUUGUUGUUGCUGUCGUUGCUGUCGCGUGUUGUUGUUCGUGUGAUUGUUCACACACACCAAAAGCUUCCUAAGCAACUGAACAAGUUACUGGGGCUGCGUUGUUGUCAGCAACUCAGCUCCUGGCAGUAUGCGAGUUACUUACUACUUUGUCACCCUUACCUUGCUUACAUGCGCACGUGGGUUUACUGCACUGAUGUGUGGGUUUCGUUGUGCCUCUGACUUUGCAGCGGUGUCUUUGCUACGGGUCAUGCACACACGCACACGCAAGACGGUUAACUGCACUCGUACAUCCCCCAGGCUGUGCGCUGGUGGGCUAUGAGGUGCUGUCGGGGGGUUUUCUGAUGUACGGCAGGUUUGUACGUACGUAAUGUGGCUCGUACGGUACAGCUCAGGGCGUCAUGACGUAAACUGAGCAGUGUUGGUAUAUGUGUAGUUGGGGGAUGUGGUUUUGGCUUUAAGUACUUGGACUUAUAAAUAGCAACGGGUCGCCUUGACCAUCGUGGGUGUUAAGAUAGCAGGUAAUUACAGAUUGCGUACUACCGUAAGCGUGCGGAUGUUGUUCACGGCCAUGUUUGGGUGAGCCUCUGCUGGCUCCCAUUAAUGCCGGUUGCGUGAAAAAUGUGAAAUGUGGGACGUGAGCAAGGAGAGGCGCCAUAAGUAUGCGGCACCGGUCUUCUUUUGUCGGCGGCCACACUUGCUAAUGCCGCUAGUUAUUCCUCCUUGUCUUGCGCUAUACUGUUAGUUUUGGUGCAUGUGUCCUUACCCCGGUGUGGCUUUGUGACCGCUUGCCGAGUGGGGGAUCAUGCCGGCAGCAGGCAGGAAGUGUCGUAAUCCACCAUGAUGCUAUGGGCCCGCCAUGACGACGUUUAUGUGAAAACUUGUUGUUGCGUUGGCCAGCUUGGGAUUGUUGUAUAAAGAGCACAACUAUCUUGAUCUUUUGCAAAGCGUUGACACGGGACACGGACGAUGAAGUUAGUAUCCACAGCAACGCGCGCGCUGUCAUAUUAAUUCCAUCAAUGCCUCCUUCCUCAUCCGUUGUCGACACCGGUUGAAUUUGAGCAGGGAUUUUUGCUGUACGUCAUGUGUACGUCACUGUCAAUUCUCGGCUUCGUUGUUCUCUGGCAUUAAGGGAGCUGCCAUGUCUUUGUGAGGGGCUGGCGGCUUCGUUGUUCUCUGGCUUUAAGGGAGCUGCCAUGUCUUUGUGAGGGGCUGGCUUCAACCUUGGUUCUCUUGGUGAGGGCUAUAAUUCAAAUGCAUUGAAGUGGAGUUAGCAGCUGCGGACCUGUGUCGGACUAUGCUGCUAUUGCUCGGCAUUGUUGGCAUAUUAGCUCGCUCAAAAACUGUUAGGGCCUUUCUUGUGCCCCUCGCUUUCAGGUAUACUUGUAACCAGGUGGGUUGUGACAGCCUCCGAAUCAUGGUGGUCAUGGUUGAAAAUGCAUAUUGAAGGGUUUUGGGCUAUUACAAGGGUGUGAAAUUCAGCAUAGCAUUUAUGGAGGAAAAACAGCCCGCCUCUGGCUGGAGCAUGCCAGGAUGUUUGUGUUGGCGAAAGAGUGGGCAUACCAUUCAUUCGACUUUAUUUGACUUUGCAUUACCACACUAUGUAACAUACAUGAUUAUC